CAAACACAACUCAACAUUUGUAUUGAGAUCCACCCGUGCAUCUCUGUCCCUGCGCAGCCUUCAGAUUGUGAGUGCGUGAGUGUGUGUGUGUGUGUGUGAGGGGGCACCAGCACACACAGCAGUGCUGCUACACAUAAACUCUAAAUAGCUCCAGCCUUCACUGAGUAAGAGAGUGAGUGAGAGAGAGGAGCUUUUUUGGAUCUUAUUUUACUACUCAUAGCCUGGACUGGAUUAUCACGUUUUUUCCCCUCCGCUGUGAACCCCCACUUUAAGAGGAUACCUGUUACUUUCCUUAUUUUGAUUGGUUAUUGAGAACGCAGUUCCAGUGGUGUGAAGGGCACAGUUUGAGUCCAGCUGCAGAUGUGUAAAGGAGGUUGGGCACAGAAGGAUCAGCACCUUUCCCUGAAGACAAGAGUUAUCUGCCUCAGGAAAAGAGACCAAAGGCCUGGAUUAAUGUGUAUACAGGCUCAACAAGGGAGCAGAGAAUUCUGGGUUACCUGUAGACCUGGAGUACACAAGUGAAGAAGCCUGGAUUGAGCCUGUGGCACAGGGGAUUGGCAUGGCUCAGACCAGCUUUGUGUCAACUCAUCAUGCCUGUCAGGCCUGAUUCCAGAAAGGAGCCUUUGCUACAGCUCACUCCGUUCUGCACACGGAUCACUAUACAACAUCCAAAAAACCCAAUCUGCAGUUAUGGCUGUUGAGGUUGACCAUUUCCACACCCAUUAGGAUUUUUUUAAUAUUACCUGAGAGGGCCUGCAUUGUCAGGGAGUGGGGAUGCUUUUUCUACAGGCUUAUCUGCCAUGGUAAAGGCAUUGAAAGCAUGAGCCUCUGACAACACAGAGGAGGUCAUUGUCCAAAUAAGGAUCAGCUCAGCAAACACUGACCAGGUCAGGAUAUCACAAGAAACCCCUUGGACAAACUUUUCCUUUCAGAAAGGAUAAGAGCAAAUUCAAGAGGAAAUCCUGAUUGGAUUUUUGGAAGCUGGAAAGGAUUUAACACAUCGCACAGAACAGGGGCUCUUGAGUUAUUAGACUGCCAGGCGACACAGCUUCAAGAUGGUGCGUCAAUGCAAGACCUUUCUACUAUUCCUCAUCAGGGUCGGGCUGCUGCUGGGUCUUUCUAACCCCCUGGUGACCUCUGAAUCAUGUCCCUCGGCCUGUCGCUGUGAUGGGACCUUCAUCUACUGCAAUGACCGUGGCCUGACUUCCAUCCCUAAAGGUAUACCACAGGAUGCUACCGUGCUCUUUCUGCAAAACAAUCGAAUCAAGAGUUCGGGCAUACCAACAGAGCUACAGCGGCUUACAAAUGUGGAGAAGAUCUACCUUUACUGCAAUAAUCUUGAUGAGUUCCCCAAUAACCUUCCACUUGGGUUAAAAGAGCUCCACCUUCAAGAGAACAACGUUCGGAUGAUUACCCAUUCCUCUUUAGCCCAAAUUCCCUACAUUGAGGAGCUGCACCUGGAUGACAACUCAGUAUCAGCUGUCAGCAUAGAAGAGGGGGCCUUCAAGGACAGUUAUCACCUCAGACUUCUUUUCCUCUCCAGAAACCAUCUAAGUGCAAUCCCUUCAGGCCUACCCAUGAGCAUUGAGGAGUUGCGUUUUGAUGACAACCGAAUCUCUUCCAUCUCAGAGCAGUCACUGCAAGAUCUUAUCAACUUGAAGCGACUAAUCCUGGAUGGAAACCUGCUCAACAACCGUGGGAUUGGGGAGAUGGCUUUCAUCAACCUGAUCAACCUGACUGAGCUCUCACUAGUGAGGAACUCACUGACAUCACCGCCAGCCAACCUGCCGGGUACCAGUUUGGAGAAGCUGCAUCUACAAGAUAAUCAUAUUAAUCGGGUCCCCCCAGGGGCUUUUGCCUUCCUGAGGCAGUUGUAUCGUCUGGAUCUGUCCGGUAACAACCUGAGUAGCCUCCCACAGGGUGUGUUUGAAGAUCUGGACAACCUUACACAGCUCCUGCUACGCAACAACCCAUGGCAAUGCACUUGCAGGAUGAAAUGGGUCCGUGAUUGGUUGCGACUGUUACCAUCUAGGGUUAAUGUGCGUGGUUUCAUGUGCCAGGGCCCUGAUAAAGUAAAAGGCAUGGCGAUUAAAGACCUUACUACAGACAUGUUUGACUGCACAGAUCCAGAUUACAUCCCAAUGUAUGAGACGAGCACAGUUUCCAACACUGUACGCCCCUCGCAGCCCCAGUGGCCAUCAUUUGUGACUAAAAGACCUGUAGUAAAAGGGCCUGGUAUCAAUAAGAAUUACCAUAGCACUACCACCUCUUCAGGAAGAAAGAUCAUCACCAUCAGUGUAAAAGCAAGUACUGCAGAUACAAUACACAUAUCAUGGAGAGUGUCUCAGCCCAUGACUGCCCUACGGCUUAGCUGGCUAAAGCUGGGACAUAGCCCUGCCUUUGGCUCCAUCACUGAGACCAUUGUGCAGGGGGACAGGAAGGAGUACCUCCUCAAUGCUUUGGAACCAGAGUCUUCCUAUAGGAUAUGCAUGGUUCCCAUGGAGACUAGCAACAUUUACCUGUCAGAUGAGACCCCUGUUUGCAUAGAGACAGAGACUGGUUCUCACAAAUCAUACAACCCAACCACAACUUUAAACCGGGAGCAGGAGAAAGAGCCUUACAAAAAUUCCAGUCUACCUUUGGCUGCUAUUAUUGGAGGGGCUGUGGCUCUUUUGGCAAUAAUCAUGUUGGCACUGGUGUGCUGGUAUGUGCACAGGAACGGAUCACUUUUUUCCAGAAACUGCACCUACAACAAGGGCCGUCGGCGAAAGGAUGACUAUGCUGAGGCUGGCACAAAGAAGGACAACUCCAUCCUAGAAAUCCGGGAGACUUCUUUUCAAAUGAUACCAAUAAAUCACCUGCCUGUGUCCAAGGAAGAGUUUGUGAUACACACGAUUUUUCCACCCAAUGGCCUGAGUUUAUACAAAAGUCCACACAGCGAGAACAGUAUUAAUAGGAGCUACAGAGACAGUGGAAUACCAGAUUCAGAUCAUUCCCAUUCAUGAUAUUGCGCAUGGACAUUCAUGGAGCGUGCGUGACUUAGAGUGGCAAGACUUUAACAAAACACUGGAUGUAUAAGACUAAAGAAGCAAUGUUCUGUACAUUUGCCACAUAAUUUAUAUUUAAGGACAUUUUAUGAAGAUGGAGAACGUUCCAGUUGCAGGCCAUUACUGAAACAUCAGUGGAUAUGGUAACUAACUGCAAUUCUAUAUUUUAGGGAUUUGUAGUAAUUUGUACUGUAUUUCCUUUGCUUAAGGUUAUCAACCUACUAAAAGAAACUAUGUGUUCUACUGAGAUAUGAUGACUUGUCAACUGUGAAAGUGGGUUUUCAUUGCUGUGUUGAACAAUCAGACUUUAGAAAACCUUAUAGUAUAAGCACAGGUCAUUCUUUUAACUUUGUGGCUGUCUGAAAAACAAAAAGGCAAAAAAAUGAUAUGAAGUAAACUAAGGCACAGCUGAUCAACUAAUUUGCAAAGACGACAUGUUGCCCUCAAAAAAAAUGAGCACUCAGUAGCUGUCUACAAACUAUGGACCAAGAGGCUUGCUCAGAUAUUCACCUGGUAAUAAUUGCAACAAAGUAAAGAUGAGGUGCCAUGCUUUAUUUCUCAGUUUUGUUUAGUGUGUUUUUUUUUUUUUUAUGUGUGUUUGCAAGACGAAACACAACAAAGCAAACCAGGGUGGGUUACAGUUCCAGUGUUUCCAAUAGGAUUGUAGGCCACAGCACAGGGCAGAUAAAGCACACCAAUGUUCUGGAGUAUUUUGCUCCUCAAAACAAGUAGAAUGGACAGGCUGACAUAGAGGACCCCCCACUAGCUCUAUUUGUACAAGCCGACAAUGACCGAAUGACAAUGGCAGCAUUCUUUAGUACCAUGUACCAUACGUCACUCUGGUCACCCGGCCAAAAAGAAAGAACAUGUUGGCUUUGAUUAGAAUUACCACAAUGUCAGAGACUCCUUGUUAUGAGUGUUGUUUUUUUAUUAUUAUUUUUCAAAUGAACACACUUUUAUGUUGCCACAGUUUGAAGUUAACUGUUCUUUACAAAUGAAAACCAAAGUGCAUUGUAUGCCCUUUGGCCAGUCUUGUAUGUGCCUUGAUCCAAUGCUUAUUGUAUUUAGCUUUUUAAGAAACCAGUGACUUUUUUUCAUACACACUUGAAUAUGAAAAAUAUUGGUCAUAUUACAAAAUAAAGUGGACAAAAAUAA